AUGUGGCACAUUCUAUCACUAUUUGUAUGCGCACUAGUCGCGGAUGCUGCACUGAGUGAAGCGUGGUCAGGCCAUGAAGACCGCUUCACUGUCGCGCAGGCGCUCCGGUUCCAGCCCCAAGUCUGCCAAGUAGCUGACCUUGUGACGAAUCGUACCACAGCCGACAGCCAUGUAACCCAGCGGUCCGCCAGAGCAAGAUCUUUUCGGAAAGGACGGUGCUAUCCCUUUUCGCAUGAGAAGUUCUGCACCUACACCAACCGCCAUUUCAAGCAAGGAGAGGACGUAUCAAUCAUUACGACGGAGGAGAGGUUUCACGAACUCUCCCGCCUAUCUGUCUUCCAAGAUGAUAUUGAGUCGAUCAAUGAGCAACCAUGGUUAAGAGAUACCAAACGGUUCAAAGAUGUUCAGAUCCCUGGAAAAGGAAUCGGCCUGAUCGCAACACAGCCAAUCCGAACAGGUCAUCAGGUUCUGAGCCGUUCUCCGGCAGUAAUGCUUGAUGGGCGAGCAGUCAGGACGGCGAAUAGGGCAGGUUUGGCAUCCUUGCUUCAGCAUGCCGCUGCGGACCUCCCAGAGCCUCACCGGUCAGAAUUCUUCAAGCUUUCCAAGCACGAUCAUGUAUCCAACCCAGGAGAGGACUCGUAUGACAUAUUCGCAACGAACGCCUUUCGAACGACCAUCCCGGACCAAGGCUGGGAGUUUCACUCCAUAUUUACUGAAGCAGAAUCCGAUGCACGGAUCACAAGCAUCCACCAGCUAUGGAAGGAGCUGGAUGACUAUUCACCAGAGUCCACAGCUUCGCCGGACAAGGCCGAACUUCUCAUCCAGCUAGUCGAGCUUGAAGGGGCGAUGGGAAGGAUGCACGAGGCAUACUAUCGGGCCGCCCUCGAGUGGAAUGGGGUAGGAGAAGCUGUCAAAGCCAUCCGUGUGUAUGUGUAG